AUGGUUCCCUCGGGUGAGAACAUAACUUUGCCCGUGUCAGAGAACUGUCCCAACUGCAGCUCCUCUUCCUAUGCUGAUAUGGAUAACACUAAGGCUGUGACCCUGGGUCUGGUGCUGGGAGUGUUUGUCAUCUUCGGGGUUCUAGGUAACAUCCUGGUCAUUCUGUCUGUGGUGUGCCACCGCCACCUGCGCUCUGUCACACACUACUUCAUCGCCAACCUGGCAGCAGCCGACCUGCUCCUGAGCUCCACUGUGCUGCCCUUCUCUGCCACUUCGGAGGUCCUGGGGCGCUGGGUGUUUGGCCGGCCAUUCUGCAGUGCUUGGGCUGCCUUGGAUGUCCUCUGCUGCACUGCCUCUAUCCUCAGUCUGUGUGUCAUCUCUGUGGACCGCUACCUUGCUGUCAGCUACCCGCUGCGCUACCCGGCCAUGGCCACUGGGCGGCGCGGCCUGGUCGCAGUGACAGCUCUCUGGGGCCUCUCAGCAGCCAUAUCCGUGGGUCCGCUCUUCGGCUGGAAGGAGCCCGACCCAGAGGACGAGACUGAGUGCCGGAUCACAGAGGAACCGGGUUAUGCUAUUUUCUCGGCCCUGGGGUCGUUCUAUGUGCCACUGGCUGUCAUUCUGGCCAUGUACUGCAGGGUGUAUGUGGUGGCCAAGCAGAAGUCCCGGGACCUGAGGGAGGGCAGGAAGAGUGAGGGGGGGAUGGUCACGAAGGAAGAGGGAGUGACACUGAGGAUUCAUCGUGGAAAUGCCCCUGCUGUGACAGAGGGCCAGGAGGAGGAGGGAGAAAAGGGCACCAUUCGGCGGAGACGCACCACCUUCGCCCUUAUGCGCCUGCUGAAGUUUUCCCGGGAGAAGAAGGCAGCCAAGACACUGGGCAUUGUGGUUGGCUGCUUCGUUCUCUGCUGGCUGCCCUUCUUCCUGGUUAUGCCCAUCGGCUCCAUAUUCCCAUCGUACAGGCCACCUGACACCAUCUUUAAGAUCACCUUCUGGCUGGGCUACCUCAACAGCUGUAUCAACCCCAUUAUCUAUCCCUGCUUCAGCCAGGAGUUCAAGAGGGCAUUCCUCAACGUUCUGCAUGGACGCUGUCUCAGACAGGGGGGCAGGAGCUCCAAAUCUUUGGGGUUUGCUUCUUCCUAUGGUCCCAGUCCUGGUCCAUCGUCUCUUAUCAGAUCCAAGCCUCCCCCUUCCUCCUCCAGCUUCUCCACCAAGCCUCGCCAAGCCCCCUCCUCAGCCUCUCUCUCCUUGGGCUGCUGUAGGACCUUCUCUGGCUCCUCUUCCUCAGUGGGUGUGCCAGGCCAUACCCACAUUGCUCGGGUCCAGAGUAAAAGCCUGCUGAAGGCGUGGUGCUUUGCAGCGGGGGAAAGACCGCCACCAUUGGGUGCUCCUUGCCAAAGCCCUUCAGCCCUCGCUACAUGUCAAGCCAAAGUCCAUCGCCUCACCAUGGGAGUGAAAGGGGAGGCAGUGUGA